GUAAAAUUUUAAGAAAAAAAAAAAGAAGUUUGAUUAGUCGCGCCCCUCCUUUUUUUUUUUUUUCCAAAAAAUAGCUUCAAUAACAUACACAAUGAUUUCAACUAAACGUAGAAUAUCAGAUGUUAUAGAUGUAGAAAAUGUCAGUAAUAAUAAUAAUAAAAUUCUCAAAACUGAGUCAAAAAAUGACAUACCCUCACUUGAUGUCCGUUUAGAACAAGUGUUUAACAACAUGAGAUUAAGAAGAAUUGUCAAGGAGAAUCAUGGUUGCGAUAUUAAUCAACUUUCUUUCUUUUUUAACAAUAAAAACUUUACAGCUCCUUUUAGUUUGGAGCAUAAUAAGACAUUUGAUAAGCGUGGUUCUGUUCAACGUGAUAGCACAGAUACAAGUAAUAUAUUAGCUACAGUAGGUGGUUGUGAGUUAAGUGUAUAUGAUAAUGAACAUUGUGGUGAUCAUUUGGAUAUUAUGUCAAAUUUUGAUAUUACACCAUCGGAAGAGAGUAAAGAACCAAAGAAUAAACACCAGUUAGAAACCUUUUGUUGGUUAUAUAAGGAAGGUGAUGCUUUAUUAGCAACUGCAGGAGCUGAUGGCAUUAUUCAUAUUCUCAGUCUAGCUCAUUCCGAAGAAAUUAAGCAAUUAGAAGGACAUACAAAAUUAAUUUAUGAUUUACAGUCCCAUCCUCAAAACGAUCAUAUUAUCUUAUCCACUUCUAAAGAUGGUACUAUUCGACUAUGGGAUGUAGAUAGUGGUAAAUGCCUUGUUAUCUUUGAAGUGGAUGCUACUGUUUCUUGUUUCCACCCAUCAGGCACCAAAUUUAUUUCAGGUAACUCUCGUGGUGAGCUUCGAGUCUGGGAUAUUCCAUCUAUCGUAAGCUUAAUGGAUGAUGAGCCAAUAACAGUCGAAAAGAGUCAUUCACGACUUUUAAAAAAGUUCCAUAGCGAUAGUUAUAUUGAUUGUAUUCGAUUUGUAAAUAAUAAUGUAUUAUCAAAAUCAACUAAUGGCAGAAUGGAAUAUUGGGAAUUAGAUACAGAAAAAUCAAUCCGAUCUUUUAGAAUUCGAUCAGGCGAAAAUUAUUGUAGAUUUGAUGUGAGUUUGGACGAACUUUUCUUUUGUGUUGGAUCAAGCCAAGGGUCUAUUUAUAUUUAUAAUUUACAAACUGGUAAAAUGGUAGCUGAAUUAGGUCACAGAAGAUCUACAAAAGCAGUCCGAUGUUGUGUCUUCUCUCGUGAUUGUCGGUAAAUAUUAUUUAGGCCCAUGUUCGUUUAUAUAAUAAUUGAUUUGUGUUAUUUUUAUUUAAUUUAUUAGCCAAGUUAUAGCUGCUGGUGAAGAUGGUUUCAUUAUAAGAUACGAUUAUGUGGAUGACGAAACGCUUAAAGAGUGGGCAAAUCAUAAAAUGAAUUAAAGCUAAAUGGUUAUGUAUGUAAGACAAGAAGAAGUACUCGUUUUAAUUUAUUCAUCAGCUUAAUAGUAAAUAAAUGAUCAGUAG